UGAGGAGUCAGUACAAUGCUGUUGAGACCGCGGAGGCGCACCGAGUCAAGCAGAGCGAUGAAAUGCUCCCAUCGAGGAGGACGCAGAUGGACAGCCUAGUUCAGCCACUCGUUGCCCAGUACCUCGCCAUGGGAUGCCAGUCUAAAGAGAACAAUAACGAAAGUGUAACGUCGGACGAAAAGCGAAAAGAUGACGUGAGGGCGACUCCAGGAUGCCCAUCUAGCAAGUCUAGAGUUUCUCCCCCUGGCCGGCCUCAGAGGUUCCACAAACCCAGCCCGGCACAUACAACUCCUGGGAAAUCAGUAAUGUCCCUGGGACACCUUACUAAGGGGGCAAGCUGGGAUGAGCUCAUCCAGGCCUGCCUGCAGUCCUUCGAUGCAGGUGGUUAUGUACAAGGGAACAGCCAUCUGCUGAACAUCACCCUGACCAUGCAUCGUGUUCUCAUGUCCUCCAACGAUUUGCUGGAUAAGCUCAUCACUCUAUUUAAAACAGCAUUGGACAAUGAGCAGCCAACAGAGUGCAAGAGGAUAUGCUACCUCAUAAGGCAUUGGGUUCAAGAAUUCUGGACGACGUUCCGGUUGCAGCACAGCUUGUCUGACAGCCUAAACGAGUUCCGGGAUCUGGUCAGAGAGCAUGGACAGGAGCAACUUUGCUCUCUCCUAGAGACAAAAUGGAUAAAUGAACGGGACAGGUCGUGGAAGGCCAGCCAUAAGAUCAAUGCUAACUACAGUAAAAAGCGGAAGGUUUCUCUUCUUUUCGAUCACCUGGAGCCCAUUGAGUUGGCUGAGCAUCUCACCUACCUGGAGUUUAAAUCCUUUUGCAGAAUAUCAUUUGUAGAUUAUCAGAAUUACAUUCGAAGCUGCUGCAUGAAGGACAUCCCCGUGCUGGAGCGUUCCAUCACCCUGUGUAAUGGGAUCUCCCAGUGGGUUCAGCUGAUGGUGCUGAGCCGGCCGACUGCUCAGCUGAGAGCUGAGGUUUUCACAAAGUUUAUCCAUGUUGCACAGUGUCUUCACCAUAUGCACAACUAUAACACACUAAUGGCGGUGGUAGGAGGGCUGUGUCACAGUUCGAUUUCCAGACUGAAAGACACCACCUCACAUGUGCCCAGUGAAGUCACCAAGGUACUGAAUGAGAUGACAGACCUGCUGUCCUCCUGUCGAAACUUUGACAACUACAGACAAGCUUAUAGCAGGUGUACAGAUCCUAAAAUCCCUAUCCUUGGUGUCCAUCUCAAAGAUUUGAUUUCUGUCAAUGAGGCCAUGUCAGACUACGUGGAAGACAACAAGGUGAAUGUCCAGAAGCUCCAGGCACUCUACAGCCAUAUUAACGAACUGAUCCAGCUUCAGCAGAUCCCACCCAAGAUGGAUGCAAACAAGGACCUGGUUCAUCUGUUGACGCUGUCUUUGGAUCUUUACUACACUGAGGAUGAGAUUUAUGAGCUGUCAUAUGCACGGGAACCCAAAAACUGUAAAGCACCUCCUGCCACACCUUCCAGACCUCCAAUUUUUGUGGACUGGACAUCAGGAGUGGCUCCUAAACCUGAUCCACGAACCAUCAGCAAACAUGUGCAGAGAAUGGUAGAUUCUGUGUUUAAGAACUAUGAUCAUGAUGAGAACGGCUUCAUUUCUCAAGAGGUCUUUGAGAAAAUUGCCUCCAGCUUUCCUUUUUCCUUCUGUGUCAUAGACAAAGAGAAGACGGGUCUUGUGAGCAGAGAUGAGAUCACAGCUUAUUUCAUGAGGGCUAGUGUCAUCUGCUCCAAGCUGGGCCUUGGAUUUGUUCACAACUUCCAGGAGACCACUUACAUGAAACCCACCUUCUGCGACAACUGCUCAGGAUUUUUGUGGGGUGUCAUCAAGCAAGGCUACAGAUGCAAGGACUGUGGCAUGAACUGCCACAAGCUGUGCAAGGACCAGGUGGCAUUCGAGUGCAAGAAGAACUCCAAAGUGACCAACGCCAUUGACAGUCCCACACCGAGCUCCACACCUGUCGCCACAAGCACCUCAGAGGGUUCAGAGGAAUGUCCUUUCCCAUACCCUCGAGAUGACAGCAAAGACUGGAGCCCAGAAUCCCCAGUCACCCCCCGUUUGAAGCCUACAAGAGUCAACAGCUACACCCAGACAGAGGGACCUCAUCUAUCUUCCCUAAAUGCUGAGCCCAGCCACUUUCAGCCAUGCCUUUUAGUUCCAGUGCCACCCACUCUGUCCUCAUGCCCCAGCCCGUUGUUCCACAGAAAUCGACACUGUGCCAAGUGGGAAAACAGAGCUUCUGUUUUGCAAAAGCCUAAAGAACCAGGGGAGGAGAGCAAACCCACCUAUGAAUCUCUGGAAUCAGAAAAUCAGAAGCUCCAAAAAGCCAAUGAGACACUACGUAGGAAACUGAGAGAGACAGAGCGCGAAGUGGAGAUGCUGAAGACACUGCUGAAAAGACAUGCUCUGCAUCCUGUGGAGGAGGAUUCCUCCUCUUAGACUCACACUCACACUCACACUCACACUCAAUCUUUUCGAAGGAGACUGGUGCUGCCCCCUGUAUGGCAGAAUUUAUAAAUUCUUAUUUAUUGGUCAUGGACAGUGAAAAUGUUUUAUCAGUUUAAUGAGACUGAGAUCAUUUAAACUGAUCUAAAAAGCAGUGUUUCCCCUACCAUCCUUUCUGUGUCCACGACCCAAUGCCACACAUAGACAGGAUCGGGCACAAGUAAGCUUCCGUUUUGUCAGUUCAUUUCAGAAAACGUGCCAACCAGCUGAAAAUCAGACAAAAAUAUGAGAGUUUAUUAAAUUCUCUUUAAGAGGUCAAAAUGGAAACACUUGCGCUCCAGCGAGGAGCAACCGGACUAUUUCUUCUGCUCCGGUGUGUCACCAAGAACGUCAUGUCCACGGGAACACGCACAGCUGAUCAAACUGAACCUACCGUCAUUGUAGUCAUCUUACGGCUUAAAAUAUAUUCUUUCUAGGUUUAUAGAUUUUAUUAAAGUCAACAUGUUAUCUGAGAUCAGAAUUUAAAAACUAUUUAGAGCAACUCCACAGAAUGGAAUGAUUUUCAUCAGGACAUUUAAAAAGUUUAUCUUUCUUUUUGUCCAAAGUUUUUUAUUAUUAUUAUUAUUAUUACUGCCUUUGGUUAAUAAAUGUGAACCUUUGGGAGAGCCUGCAACAUAAUAAAGUCAAACACAAUGCACAAGGCCAACUAAGGUGUUUUAGUGCUGAUGAGACACAGCAGGUGAAGACUGCUUGCAGGUGUAUCACCAUUAAUGAUGUUACAGAAAUUCUUGAGGUGUGUAUGGAUUUUUUUUAAAGCAGCUACAGUACUAAAUUUAGUAAAACUGCAAUUCAAUGGUAUAAAUGGGGGAAAAUCCCACAUAUAGGAAAAUUUCCCUUCAGUGUGAAGAUGAUAAAUUAAUUCUACUGGACAGUUGUUCUGAACAGAUCAGAGAUGAAUGAAAAUCACUGGCAUGGGCAUUCUUUACUUUAUUUGGUGAAUGCGUAAAUAUAUAAGCCAUGAUUAAAUGAAUGAGUGCAUUAUUUUGGAAUGAAAAGUACAGAAGUAUGUGUUUGAUCAAUUCUUGAUCAGUUAAUGAGCUUAGAUAUUUAUGUUAAACAUAAAAUAGAAGAUGCUGCAGAAACGUGUGCAGUCCAGUUUUAAGGAAAGUUCAUGGCAUAUAAGUUGGUGACAAGAGCCCACUGAUUUCAUCUACAGAAUUAAAGUGGGGUCCCUCAUAUCUACAGUACUGUUGUUGCCUUGUAUUACCAUUCAAUUUCUUUUCAAUGUUUAUAUUUAUUGUCUGAAACACUACAUAGUUCAUAUGAAAAGCGACCCAGCUUAAUAUUUUGUACAGAAUAGUGGUACUAUCACUCUAUUUAUGCUUCUGUGUUUUGGCUUAAUAGUCAUAUUUGGAUGUUUUUUUUAAACUGUGCAGCUGUUUUUUUUAUUAUUGUGUGAUCUUUUGUAGCAGUUGUACUGUGAACAAUAUGUAUUUGUAAUAAUAUUCUGUAAAGGCAAAAUAUACUCAGUGUCAUGUUAGUUUUGUCUAAUUUCAUCUUUACUCAGUAUUGUUUUGUUAUUGCGCUAAUAAAAAACACGUAUUCUA